AUGCGCCAUCAGACUUGUGCUGGAGGCGCAGUCUGUGUUGCAGAGACAGAAGCAGAACUUCCCCUGGUUCUUACAAUCACCUUCGUACUGCCUACGAGGCAGCCUUAUAUAGCCGGUACGCGGCAGCACUUCCCUAUUACCGGUCCUGGGCCUCCCGGGCGGGACCACAGACCGGUCCGAACCGGCGCGGACCGGUUCCCGCAGCCCCGCCCCACGCAGCGGCCGCCGUCCGUGUGUCGUGGAGCGAGGGGGCGGCCCCGGGAGCCCGUCCGAGGGCAGGUGCCGGUGCAGGGAGCGGCCCGAGGGGCUGCAGGGACCUCCCUGCCCCGCUGGGAGCUUCCCUGCUCCGUUUGGCUGCAAGGGGAGCCAGGAAAACUGGGCUCUAGGAAGGCCUUUGGUGCUCGGUUAUGUUGUAAGAGACAAAUGUGGGAAAGCAACAGCCUGUUGCCGAGUCCAGGAAAUUCAGUGGAAGGUGUAACUCAUAGCAGGAAAUCAUGGUUGACAGCUGCAAUUGAUGAAGGAAAUGCUGGCUCCCAUCCUGAUGCGAUUCAGGAGAAGCCGAAAAGGUUACAGUAUUCCUCUGAGAAUGUUUUCUCUAUCGGCUAUGAUGAGAGUCUCUUCAGUUCUUUAGCAUCACCCUCACCAAAGAUGACUUGCCAUCACUGUGGUUUAUUUGGAUCCCUGAGGUGUUCACAAUGUAAGCAGAUAUGCUAUUGCUCUGCAGACUGCCAGAAGAAAGAUUGGCCAAUGCAUGGGGUGGUAUGCAAGCCGAUUAAACAGGAUUUAAGUAGCAGCAAUGGAGACAAGCCACCUGCUAAAGCCAAGAGGAAAGUUUAUCUUAAGGGUAAUUCAGCAUCUAUGGAUUCCCUCAAGAUAGAAGAGCACAUCAAGAAAAUAAUGCUUUCAGAUCUUCAAACUCUAGGGCUGAAAAAAGCUAUGGAAAUAAAGGGUAUAGUAACAGAGUUCAGGAAUCCAAGUGAAUUUUAUGUCCAGAUAAGUUCUCCAGAAUUUUUAGAACAUAUCAGUAAAAUUUCUGUGGAACUGCAAGACCGUUAUGCUAAUACGGUUAUUCAAGAGGAAUAUAUCCCUAUCAAAGGGGAAGUCUGCGUAGCAAAAUAUUCUUUGGAUCAGACCUGGAAUAGAGCAUUGGUAAAAGAUGUGGAUAUAUUGCAGAAGAAAGCCCAAAUAUUCUAUAUUGAUUAUGGAAAUGAAGAAAAUAUUUCAUUCUCCAGGAUUAAAGCACUUCACAAAAACAUUGAACGGUUUCCUCCAUGUGCCAUUAAGUGUUCCCUUGCUAAUUUUGAUCCAACACAAGAAGGAUGGAGUGAAGGCAUCACCAGCUUUUCCCCUCAGUUCAUGGGAAAGCACUGUUCAGUCACUGUUGUUGACAUAUUACAGGAAGAAAUGAUGCUCAGUUUUGCUGUAGAUGUUAUUCUUCCAGAUUCUGGGAAAUGCCUAGAUGAAGUGCUGUCAGAAGUGAGGUGUGAUUUAACCCCAAAGAACAAUGGCAUGGGAACAGACUCUCCAAGAGCAAAAUGUUCUAAAGGAGAUAAAGAAAAAUUACCUGAAGAUAAAGAACUACUUCACACCACUGAUUCUGUUGCAAAGUGUGUCCCUGUAUGUGUUGGAGAUGUGUUUUCUGGUGUGGUUUCCCACAUUCAAACCCCAGAAAAUUUUUUCUGCCAGCAGAUGCACAGUGCACAUCUUCUUGCUGAGCUUCAAGUGUCUCUUGGAGGAUAUUGUGAAAAAGUUGCCAGUAUCCCAGAUUUCCAUCCUGCUGUUGGAAAUGUGUGCUGUGCCCAAUUCUCAGAAGACAAUCUUUGGUACCGUGCUGCUGUUUUAGCGUAUACUUCUGAAGAUACUGUUCUGGUGGGCUAUAUAGAUUAUGGUAAUUUUGAAGUUCUGCACCUGACUAAACUUCGUCCCAUGAUUCAGAGAUUAAUGGACUUUCCAGUUCAAGUUAUAAGAUGUACUUUGGCAGGUGUAAAACCACUGAUGGGAGCCUGGACCCUGGAAGCUAUUUCUCUCAUGAAACAACUGGUGCAAGACAAAGUACUCACAGUAAAAGUAGUUGAUAAAAAGGGUAAUAGCUCUGUGGUAGAGCUCCUAGAUGCAUCAAUUACUCCAGUAAAGAAUAUAUCAAACUACCUCAUAGAAAAAGGCUGUGCAACUGAGGAAUCAAAGAUGAACUUGCCAGCAAUUGAAAUAAGUGAUGUUAAGGAGGCAAGUGAAGAUACAGCAAACAAGGGCAUUUGGAUGUGGAGUAAGUUAAGUCCUAAGCAAACAGUAGAUGUCAUAGUGUGCACCCUGUACAACCCUGGUGAAUUCUACUGUCAGAUUUCAAAUGAUAGUGAGUUACUUGCUCUAAACUCACUUAACAAAUCAUUGUCUGAAUACUGUCAAAAAACUCCACCAAGUGUUUUUAAACCUAAGAAUGGAGAACCUUGCUGUGCUUUUUUUCCUGCUGAUGGUAACUGGUACCGUGCUUUGGUGCAAAACGUUACUUCAGAUGGAGCUGUUAAAGUCUGCUUUGUGGACUAUGGAAAUGUAGAGGAAGUACCACUGGACAAAAUUCGUCAGAUUUCAUCCUCAUUCCUAAAACUCCCAUUUCAAGGAAUUAAAUGCUGGCUUUCAGGUAUAAAGCCUGUUAACAGCAAAUGGGUCCCUGAAGCUACAGCAAGGUUUCACAUGUAUGCGGCAGCCUCAAAGCUUCAAGCCAGAGUAGUUUCCUUUUCCAGCGACGGGGCAGGCGUAGAGCUCAUCGACAAUUCCACGGGUUGUCCAAAAGUGAUCAAUGAGAUGUUAACCUGUGAACAGUUGGCUGUAAAGGAAGUUUUACGAGAGAAAAACAAGUGUCCAAAUAAAUUGGUUGACAAAAAAGAAAGGUCCCCUGGGCAGUGGAAGUCGGUAGAAUUGGCUAUUGGUGAAACCCUCUCCGUCUGUGUAACAGAAGUCUUGAGCCCAGACUUGUUCUAUGUUGUACCAGUUCAAACCAGAGGUAAGAAGCAGAGUCUUCUGUUCUUAAUAUCAGUAAAAAAGUACUGCAGAUCUUGUAACAAGCAGCCCUUUAACCCCAAAGUGGGCGAAGUCUGUUGUGCAAAGUUUUCAGGUGAUGGCCGUUGGUACAGAGCUCUUGUCCUAAAAGUUUCUCAGUCCUUAGUGAGAGUGCUGUAUGCAGACUAUGGGAAUACAGAAACUUUACCACUUUCAAGCAUGUUGCCAAUCCCUGAAUCCUACUUGAAGCUGCCUUUUAGGAUAAUUAAGUGUUCACUUGCAGGAAUAAAGCAAGCUGAGUGGCCUCCAUUAUUACUAGAUAUGUUAAAAGAAAUGUUAUUGAAUAAACAUGUCACAAUUACGGUGAAAGGGAUUAGUGGGAAUGUUCAUCUGGUAACAGUGGAGAAACUCUCUGAAAAUGGUAGUCUGAAUGUAGCUGACAAACUAGUAAGGGAAGGCUUGGUCGAGUACUGCAGUACUGAGAACCUGCCUGCUCUCCAUCAAGGCUGUGGGAGUGAGACGAAGUGCUGCUGCGCAGAAUUGAGUGUGCAAGUAAGACUCGGACCAAAUGAUGUUAAUGAAAUUUUAUUUCUCCAGAAUUCAAAUGCAACCCAGAGGAGAGAAAAGAGCAUUAACAGUUUCACACGGGAACUUUCCCAACACCUGCCUGCACUCAGCAGAGAGCGGCAGAGCCGCUGGAGCCGCUGCCCGCAGCACGGCCCAGGCAGCUGCAGGGCGGCAGGAGGGAGAUUUGUCACCAUGACCUUCUUGCCAUCAUUUGAGUCCAUCUGCAUGUUUCUACUUUCCGAAGUUUUGCUGGUAUUGAGUAUACAAGAAAUUCAUGCUGACCAGGAGAAGAUUGUCAAGAUCUCAACUGCUGGUCAGUGUAAGUUUAUUUUAAUAAAGCAAGCUCAGCAUGUCCGCGUGGGAAUGAUUCAGUUUAGCUCAAAUCCUCAUCUUGAAUUGCCACUGGAUUUGUAUGCAACUAAGCAAGAAGUAAAAGAGCGAAUUAAGAAGGCUGUGUUCAG